CUCCAGGAGUCCAGGGCUCCAGGGUUCUUAGGGCCGUUUCUCUCGUUACAAAAUGCACUCCUUGGCAAAAAUAACAGCGGUUUUGCCCGUUUGGCUCCGGUCGGGCAUCCGAUCCGCCUAACUUAACAUCAAAGAAGCGCCUGACAUUUACCAGAUCUCUAGCAGUCUACCAAGGGAUCUAGGCUACCUAGAUUUUAAGUCGCUCGGCCUCCUCCGUACAUAGUACAUAUCCGCCUGCAGUAGCCUACGCCUUAGCAAAAACUCUACUCAGGAUCGUCCGGCAGCAUGGAUGCAAUUUUCCUAUGCAACUUGUAACACCAAUUGGCCCCGGUGUAUUCAAUGGAUUGCAUCCAUAUAGACGUCGUGAGAGGGGUAAGGUGACGUUAUGCAAUGUCAUCCCAAGGGCAUGUCUCCGGGCGGCCGCGAGCUUGGGCUUGUUUGCGAUUUUCGAAAACGAGAACAGCCUUGACUCUAUUCGAUGGAGAUAUCGGUGUCACGUAAGCCUACUAAGAGGUAGUAAUAGAUACCUCCGUAUAUGUUCAAUUCUACAGAAGUUCCCAAGGAGCAAUGGGCCCAGGUCAUCGAAAAGACUGGCGGACCCGUCAACUACAAAAAGAUUCCCGUUCCUACCCCGGGAUCUGAUGAGGUACUUAUCAACAUCAAAUACUCUGGUGUUUGCCACACGGACUUGCACGCCAUGAACGGAGACUGGCCGCUUCCCACCAAGAUGCCCUUGGUCGGUGGACAUGAAGGUGCAGGUAUCGUCGUCGCACGUGGUGACCUCGUCAAGGACGUCGAAUUAGGAGACUAUGUCGGUAUCAAGUGGCUGAAUGGCUCGUGUCUGAGCUGUUCAUACUGCCAGCAGGCAGACGAGUCCCUCUGCCCCGACGCAUUAUUAUCUGGCUACACUGUGGACGGUUCCUUCCAGCAAUAUGCCAUCGGUAAGGCAGCCCACGUCGCGAGAAUUCCGAAAGAAUGUAGUCUCGAGGCUGUCUCGCCCAUCUUGUGCGCCGGUUUGACCGUGUACAAGGCGCUGAAGGAGUCCGGCGCAAGACCCGGUCAGCAAGUAGCUAUCGUCGGUGCUGGUGGUGGCCUCGGUAGCUUAGCUAUCCAAUACGCCAAGGCCAUGGGUAUUCACACGAUUUCCAUUGAUGGUGGUGAAGAGAAGGGUCAAAUGUGCAGGGAGCUUGGUUCCGAAGAUUACAUUGACUUCACCACGACCAAGAAUGUUGUACAGGCCGUUAAGAACGCAACCCCUGACGGCUUUGGCCCACAAGCCGUCAUCGUACUUGCUGUCAGCGAAGGCCCCUUCCAACAAGCCAGCGAGUACGUCCGCAGCCACGGAACGAUCGUCUGUGUUGGUCUUCCCGCCAACGCAUACCUGAAGGCACCAGUCUUCGACACCGUUGUUCGCAUGAUCCAGAUCAAGGGCAGCUACGUCGGAAACCGUAGGGAUACGGCCGAGGCCAUUGACUUCUUCAGGAGAGGACUCAUCAAGGCCCCGUACAAGGUUGUCGGUCUCAGCAAGUUACAAGAAGUGUUCGACUUGAUGAAGGCCGGUAAGAUCGCGGGUCGGUAUGUUGUCGACACCAGCAAAUAGACAAAAGAGAUUUUUGGAGUUCGGGCAGGUUGAGGAAUACCACAACGUGUUAUUUUUCUAUUUAUUGUAUAUAAGAUGGUUUUUCUUGGUCAUGGACGGAUCUAAAGGAGAAAACGACUGAACGAAUUUACACUCACAUACUUACCUAUGCAUAUAUAAAAUAUCAUAUUACUAGUAGAUGCUAUGGAAAAAUCAAAGUUACUCAUUUUUCGUUA